UUUUUUUAAUUACAGAAAUGUAGAUGAAACCACAUGGACUCGAUGGAAAUGUCUUUUUGAUUUCAUUCUGAAGGCACAUCCAAGGCAUUAAAAAACAAUUGGAAAACAUUAAAGCAUUGAGUUUAAACUAUUAUAAGAAAUUCUUUACUAUUAAAUUGUGAAAUAUCAAAACAACACCAGUAUUAUACGGUAAUUCAUAAUUUAAAUAAUAUAUUUUAAUUAAUAACAUUGUGUAUGUGCACAUCAAAGUUUACAAAAAGUUGUUAUUCUUGUAAAUGUAUACCCUCAAACCUGUUUGCCUCCUUGGCUGUUUCUACAAUUAAAUGCAGUGUCGCUUGGAGGAAACACUGAAAUGCGAGACUUAGUGUUAAUCUCACAUUCACGAGUGAUGUAAUGUCUCAUUCCUGCACGAGAGACCACGGGCAUUUCUAGUAUUUUUAAGCGGUCAGUCAGACAGAGGACGCGUCGUGGGGUCUCAAAUAAAUCUGAAGCACAUAUUUCGAUUUCCUCACUACACACCAAACUACUGACUUCAUUUCUACAGAACGUCAGGCAAUGGACUUCCCUUUUUUAACACAGAAUGGAUAUGUUCGCGAGUGAUCAGAAGGAAACGGCCAGUCAGUCGGUCAAACACGUUUCCAGCUCAAUAUCAUCAUCAGACACAGGGACACACACCACACCAAACACUGACUGAAUUCCGCUCUACUCGACAGAACUUAAGGAAAUAGACUUACUUCUACCAGAAUGGAUAUGAUGGCGAGUGAUCAGAAGAUGUUGGUGGGGCCACUGCCAGCAGGAAAGGGUGCAGCAUGUCUGACAUGUAAAGGGAUCUGCUCUGGAUUCCAGCCACAUUCCUGGAGAAAAGCUUGCGUACAGUGCCACUGCAGUCAGGAGGAGCAUGUGUCUAGCUCCGACAGCGAAGACGACCGCAAGGUGGGAAGAUUGCUGGAAGAGUCCCACUAUGCCCAUCUCACAGCUAAGGUUAAGGGAGGAGACGGCAUGAGGGUCUAUAAACGCAACCGCAUGAUUGUCACCAACCCAGUGGUCUCCCGUAAAGACCCAACAUUUAGCACAGUCACCUAUGACUGGGUCCCACCAGGCCUCACCCAGAAACUGGUAAGAGAACCAUAAAAGUUAAAAUAAAUCAAUGCAUCCUAAAUAUUUAGUAGUUUUAGUUAGUUAUUAUGGUUAUGGUCAGGCAGUGGUGCUAGCUGUUGUGUGAAAUGAAAGUAGUUUUUUGUUUUGGUGACAUGCUACUGAUGAGUCCAGAAGAGCUAUUGAUGGUACCAGUAAUGAGCAAGACAACCAGAGUUUAGUUGGGAAAUAUUCCUGGUGGUUCUGGUGAGUAGCUAGUGAAAUAAAGCAAUACGCACCACGAAGCUGUGGUUUACAGCUAAGAGGCGUUGCUCCGCUCCGCGUCAUUUCUAAAACACCCUUAGCUGUUAUAAAUUCACUGUAAACCACGGUUUCACGGGGCUUAUUGCAUUUUUAAAACGGUUAUUCCAUAUAUACAAAUAUUAAAGCAAAUAAUUGGUGGUUGUGCAGUGAUACAUAAAACCGUUGGGUGAAGCAGUCAUAGCCAUGUUUUAUCGUGAAUAAGACACAGCUAUUGACCAAUCAGAAUCUUAAUUGCGCUGAAAAAAUUGUGCUGAAAAGGCAUGGACAGUUAUUUUGCAACUGACCAUAUAGCAUUUGCAUUUGUAGGAGUUUCCCUUUCAAAUGGAAAAUUUAUGGGUGGAGAGUUUUUAAAUAUCACACAGUGUAAUUUACUAAGGUUUGCGCUAGUCAAUUUACUAGUAUUUGUGCCAUUAUUUAACUCCCCAAAAAGCAUGUCUUAUAGUCCAGGUGAUAUGUGAAAAAAAUGUUCACUUUUUCAUAAAAGCAUGAAAUUUGGUACACUUGUACAGUUUGGGGCCCUGAACAUUUUCAGAAAUGGAGCCAUCACAAAAACGCCCUAUGGCAGGAUAUGUAGGGCUGGACAAUGAGCCAAAUUUCUAAUCGUGAUUACAAUUACGGAUGCCACAAUUCUUUUCUAUAGGUUAUUGUUUUAAUUUUAGUUUUGUUAUAACAUUAUUACACCAUAUAUUUUUACUUUUUGUAUUUAAAAAAGAAACCAAACCAAUGACAUUUGAGGCUUAAUGCUAUAGAAAAGUAAAAGUUUUUCAGGAAGAGUUUUUUCAGCUUGUUUAUUUUCAUAUAAAAAUAUGUCAUAUAUGGCAUGCAGUUGCUUCAAACAAUUGUAUAAAGCUAUUCAAAACAUAAUUCAGUGUAAACUGUGAUAAUCGUAAUUAAUAAUUAUAAUUACAAUUUCAAGGAAAUGAUCGACAAUUAUUUUUGUCAUAACCAUAGAGCCCUAGUAGUGAGUAUGGCCCCCACGUGCCUGUGUGCACUUAUGACAACAUCUGGGCAUGCUUCUGAUUAGAUGAUGGAUGGUGUCCUGAGGGAUCUCCUCCCAGACCUAGAUCAGACCUUUGGAUGCUCCAAUACAUAAUGUCCAAGAGGUUUUCAAUUGGAUUCAGGUCUGCGGAACGUGAGGGCCAGUCAAUUGCAUCAAUACAUUUGUCAUCAAAAAACUGCCUACACACUAGCCAAAUGAAGCCAGGCAUUAUCAUGCACCUGUUGUCACUUUUUAUUUGCACCAAAGCAGGUGAAACUGAUUCACAAUCACUUAUACUUCCUAAGUGGACAGAUUGAUAUCCCUGAAGUUUAAUUGACUGUUUAAUUUUUAAGCUUAAUUAUACUGUGAUGAUUGAGUGUUCCCUUCAUUUUUUUUUUUUUUUGAGCAAUGUAUUUCAGAAACAUGUUUGAUUGUUUUGUUGUUGAACCUAUUCUUCAAUAGCCCCUUUUCCACUGUUGGUUCAGUACGAGCCAGGGCUAACAACAUGGCGUGCUGGGCCAAUAGCCUCGGACCUCAAACACUGAGGCCAAAAUCAAGUUGCAUUUCCUCUGUUGGGCCAGUAGCCCCACAGCACUUCCCUAAAACCCACCCUUAACACACCUCCACACAACCUCACCAUUUCACCAGCUGAAUGAAAACUAGCUAGAUUGCAAAAUGAGCAUGACAGAA